AUGGCAGCGGUGGGCAGUGGCAGAUCCGGCGGCAGGAGGCUGUGGCAGAUCCGGCGGCAGGGAGGAGGGCGAGGCGGGGGCAUCAUGGUGAUAGCCCAGCGAAACCGGGUUAGCGUGGCAGCGGUGGGCGGUGGGGAGCCGCCGGAGAUGGAGGAGGGGAUUCGGGUAUUUGUCUCUGUUCCUGGGAGUUCUGUGGGACAAAAUGAUGUACCAGAUUCUUUUUACAAGCUUAGUGGUGAGGAGAUAAGGAAUGAAGCAAAGAUGAGGAGGGAAAGGUUAGAACAAUCUCGAUUGCUGAUACCAAAGUCUUACAAGGAGAAGCAGGCAUUGGCUGCUCGACAGAAAUAUAAACAAGCAGUCAUUCGAGUUCAGUUUCCAGAUAGAAUGAUUCUUCAGGGCGUAUUCCUACCAGGAGAGGCCACUAGUUCACUGUAUGAGUUCGUCACAUCUGCUCUGAAGCAACCAGGUUUGGAAUUCGAACUUAUCUCUCCAGCCAUUCCUAAGCCACGUGUGGUGCCCCAUUUUCCAAACCCGGGCGAGCGGGCACGCACCUUGCAAGAGGAGGAGCUGGUCCCUUCCGCUCUCCUCAAGUUCAUUCCCAAGGAGACUGAUUCCGUGGUUUUCACCGGUUUGCUUGAUGAGCUUCUCAUGGCCAGUGAGCCGCUUCCUGCUGCAUCACAAUGA